CAUACAAUUUGUUGUGUAUUGGGCCAUUGUUGUGUGUAUGUCGACUAUAAAUAAUAGUCACGAUAUUGCUACAGUAAAGGAACAUCACAACACUGAAAAGUUCGAAAGCAACGAUAACGAAAGAAAUGAAGAGUUUCGUGAUUUUGGACCAGUUAUACAACCUUACCAAAAGCCAAAGAAGAAAAAGAGAGUCCUGCCGUUCGAGAACUUGUAUCUUCAGUCUCUACCAACAGCACAACUAUAUGAAAAAAGUUAUAUGCAUAGAGACUUGAUAACUCACAUUAAAGUUACAAAAACAACCCACUUUCUUAUCACUGCUAGUUGCGACGGUCAACUCAAGUUUUGGAAGAAAACGCCGGGAGGAAUAGAAUUUGUAAAACAGUUCAAGGCACACAUAGGUCGAAUGGCAGAAGUAGCAACAAGUACGGACGGAUUGUGGUUGGCUACUACAGGAGUAGAUAAGACUCUCAAAGUAUUUGACGUUACCAACUUUGAUAUGGUUCAUAUGAUACAAUUAGAUUACAUACCCUCAGCUUGUUGUUGGAUAAAUGAAACAGAAAGUGCCGUUCCUCAAAUUGCUGUUGCACAACGCGAGUCUUCAAUUGUGCGUAUAUAUUUGUACAACCAAAACGAAGCCAAUCUUACGCUUGAAAAUAUACACCAAGCUCCUAUUCAGAUACUGAAAUACAACCCUAUCUACAAAACAGUAUUAUCAGUAGACGAGGCAGGAUUUAUAGAAUAUUGGAUGCCUACAAAAGAAUUGACACUACCUCAACAAGUUACCUUUGCUUUCAAGGCAGAUACCGAUCUUUUUGAGUUGGUUCAAUCCAAUACCUUUUGUUUGUCCUUGGAAAUAAGUGCAGAUGGAAAGAUGUUUGCUUGUGUAGGUGCAGAUAGAUAUAUUAGAGUAUUUUCCUUUCUUACUGGCAAACUACGUCGUAAAUACGAUGAAUCUUUACUAGCUGCUGAAGGAAUUCAAGUAUCGGGACCUUCCAAGUUGCGUUUGGAAGCUGGAGACUUUGGAAGAAGAAUGGCAAGAGAGAAAGAACUGAGUAAAGCUAUUGCUGAAAGACAAGAACAACUUUCUCUUCCCAAUGUAGUAUUUGACGAAAGUAAUCAUUUCAUUCUCUAUUCCACUUUACUUGGCAUUAAGAUAGUGAAUGUAGACACCAAUAAGUUGGUUCGAAUCAUUGGUUUACCAGAGAAUACUGAGCGUUUUCUCAUGUUAGCUUUAUAUCAAGGAGUUCCACAAGUUCCAAUUGGUUCCGUUCAACGCAUCAAUGAAACUCCUGAUCCAACCAUUUUUGCCACAUCUUUGGAUAGACAACGUUUCUUUUUAUUUACCAAUCGUGAGCCUUCAGAUAUUACUCAAGGAGGAGAGAUGGGUCGCAAUGUGUACAAUGAAAGGUUGUUAGGUUCUGCGAUAGAAAGUGCAACGAGUGUUGUUGAUAAGAAGAGUUCGACCAAAGACUUGGAUAGUCACGUUAUUUUGCAUACCAAUUUAGGUGAUAUUCAUAUCAAAGUCUUUACAGUGGAAUGUCCCAAGACAGCAGAGAAUUUCAUAGUGCAUUGUAAGAAUGGCUAUUACAAUGGAUGCAUUUUUCAUCGAGCUAUCAAAGACUUUAUGAUUCAGACUGGUGAUCCGGAAGGAGAUGGAACAGGUGGUGAGAGUAUUUGGGGUGGAGAGUUUGAAGACGAAUUUCAUCCCGCUUUGAAACAUGAUAGACCAGGGACAGUAAGUAUGGCUAAUGCUGGUCCCAAUACCAAUGGUUCUCAGUUUUUCAUUACCACAGUUGCUACUCCUUGGUUGGAUAAUAAGCACACUGUUUUUGGAAGAGUUAUUCGUGGAAUGGAUAUUGUUACUCAAAUAGAAAAUUUAAAGACUAAUAGUAGUGAUAAACCUUUAGAAAAGGUUAUCAUUAAGAAGACUACAGUAGUAUAACAAGAACUAGUUGUAUGAAUGAUGAUAUUCCAUCAGAGUAUACGGCGGUUGUAGAGAUAUUCAGUGAUAUUGGUCUAUUUGAGUGUUGAAGCUACAUCCAUCUCAACAACUCAACAAGAGCUCUUAUUUCAUCCUCCUACAAUAAACCCAACACUUUCUUUCACGUCGAUGACCCAAAAACCAACUGCAACAACAAUAUAGUGAAGUUACACAGUGUCUGAAGGCAGCCAUUGUCUUCGACUUCGCCACUUGCUUAUAUAUCUCGUGAGAGCAAUACACAGUGGAAUCCUUAGAGGACUUGUGAGGCGAUGAAGGAGAUAAGCGACUGCUAGUGAGCCCAAUUGAGGAGACAAUUUGUCCAAAAAGGAUGGUCUUCCUACUGGAGUCCCCUCAAGCCAGUGACCCAAAGUUUGUAACAAGCCUUCUACAUCCAUCCCCACAUAAACAAGUAACAAGGAUAACAGAUACGAACACACUGAAAUAACAGCUGAAACUACAAUAAAAGUCACACCAUAAGUAGCAACUAGCUGUCGAAAACGGUUAGGUAUCCCAAAACUCCAACUCCUUUGACUUGUAGAAGCUACUUCUUGCAUGAACCACUCACAACUAUGUUCGCAUUUCACUUGUGUCAUGGGAAGAGAUCCUUUCAUAACUUGCAUAAAAGUAUAAUUGUUUCU